AUGGCUUACUUUUCUAUUAGCAACGGCCCGCAGGACGACGACAGUCAAAGUGGUUCCAACAGCCCCAGUCCAACGGGGAUCACGACUCCUCAUCCGGAUCCGUCAGAUAAACGUUUACCAUCCUUAAUGCCCAGCUAUCUACAGGUUGGUCUUCCUCUCGAUGCUAGACUCUCUCCCCCCACUGCACGACUCCUCCCUUCUGAACCUCCGUCCGCGCGCGAUAUGCAGCCGAAAGCGCUUGUCACAGGGACACGGGAUGACCAGAGUUCUGGGCAUACCUCCUCGCCCUCGGGGUCCUUCGUUAUGAUGGAGCGGAACGAUGCCUUUGGAGCCACGUCGUCCCCAGCUCCAUCGGACAAGAAGUUUGACGAUGCCGAGGAUCUGGCACCUGACGCCCUACCCCCCACCACGAACCUUCCUACUCCUCCCUAUUGCUCCGCUUGUUCCCUUCUUCAGAAAGAGCCGGACCACCCUGACUCGGAGUCCUCGUCGGCGGAUAAGGGGGUGGGAUCUAUCUUCAAUACUCUCAAGAACUACCUUACUCCCGCCACGAGCACUCCCCCGUCCUCUGAAUCUCAUUCCCGCCACCGUCAACACUCCCUCCCCGUCUCCAGUAUCUCGGACGACCCCGUCCUUGCAUCCCAUUUCUCCAACCCAUCUCUCCUCUCCGCGGCAGAUGCGCUGUGUCUGCCGGAAGCCCCCCUCCUCAACCACGAGCAACCUCACGUCUCUUUGUCUUCUGAGAAUCUCGCGAAGCUAACUGGCAAUGUGUCCGACCUUUCGAUCAUGAAGAAUACCCCGCCUCUCACCCCACGGGCCAUGUCCAAUGAAGGCUCUCAACCGGAGAAGCAGCCGCCACCGACCUCCUCUCCGCGUCCCUCGGAACCAGUGCGAACCGGUUCGAAUGAGAUGGACGACAGCAGCUCCACAUCCACUGAUGAAAUCUCCGGCAAACUCAACGAGGCAUUUCCUCCCGAACCCUCCAGCUCUCCGCAGCCGGGUCCGCCCGUUGCCUCGCAGAAGGGCAAACUCUAUGUGAAGAUCUCGGAGGCGCGAGGACUCCGUCCCGGGUUUGACCCGUACGUGGUUUGCGUCUUCGAGUGGAAUGAAGUCAUCUCGAAGAGUGCCCAGGACGAGGAAGAAGCGUCCCUCGAGCGACAGCACAAGGAACAGGAGAGGACCGCCCGCGAAUCCGGUCGCCCCAUGGCUAUCCCGAUGAAGAGUCGCCAAAGCAGCAACAAUAGCUCGAUGGAGGCUCCGGAUCACCGUGGACGGGCUCCAGUCACCGCACCCCAUUGGAAUCACGAGUCUGUUUUUGAUGUGUUUGGCGACCAGUCCGAAAUCGAUGUCUGCGUGUAUGACCGCAACAACCAGGAGGCUUUCCUCGGCCACGUCCGUUUGUGUGUCAAUCUCAAGGAGGAAAAUGGCCGACUGGAAGGGUGGUUCCCGCUGUCCGGCCGCGGUGCAGGCGAUGCUCAGGUGUCCGGAGAGAUCUACUUGGAGAUGCGGUUUGAGCAGACCGAGAAGAAGCAGGUGGGACCGAAUGAUUUCCAGGUCCUGAAGCUUAUCGGAAAGGGCACCUUUGGCCAGGUGUACCAAGUCAAGAAGAAGGACACGCACCGGAUUUACGCCAUGAAGGUCUUGUCCAAGAAGGUGAUCAUCCAGAAGAAAGAGGUGGCGCACACUCUGGGCGAGCGGAAUAUCUUGGUGCGGACGGCCAUGACGGCCUCUCCGUUCAUAGUCGGGCUCAAAUUCUCGUUCCAAACCCCAACCGACCUAUACCUCGUGACCGAUUACAUGUCCGGUGGCGAGCUCUUUUGGCACCUGCAAAAGGAAGGCCGCUUCCAAGAAGCCCGCGCCAAAUUUUACAUCGCCGAACUGAUCCUCGCCCUCCAGCAUCUUCAUGACCACGACAUCGUAUAUCGGGAUCUCAAGCCGGAGAACAUCCUACUCGAUGCGAAUGGGCACAUUGCGCUCUGCGAUUUCGGCCUCUCCAAGGCGAAUCUGACCCAGAACGAUACCACGAACACCUUCUGCGGGACGACCGAAUACUUGGCACCGGAGGUGUUGCUGGACGAGCAAGGGUAUACCAAGAUGGUCGAUUUCUGGUCCCUCGGUGUUCUUGUUUUCGAGAUGUGCUGUGGAUGGAGCCCCUUCUACGCAGAAGACACGCAGCAGAUGUACAAGAACAUUGCGUUUGGCAAAGUCCGAUUCCCGCGGGAUGCGCUUAGCACCGAGGGACGGAAUUUCGUCAAGGGUCUUCUCAACCGGAAUCCGAAGCACCGACUGGGAGCCAAAGGCGAUGCCAAGGAACUCAUGGCGCACCCAUUCUUCGACGAUGUCGACUGGGAGGUGCUGUGCCGCAAGGAGGUCAUCCCCCCGUUCAAGCCGAAGCUCAAGUCGGAUACCGACACGUCCAAUUUCGACCCCGAAUUUACCAACGCCCUUGACAACAACAGCUCGCUGAAUCACCACGCCGCUGCCAUCGCCAACAGCUUCAUGCCUGCCUCGACACCUCUAUCGCCCGGGAUGCAGGCCAACUUCAAAGGGUUCACCUUCAGCAAUGAGAGUUCCAUCGAGCACCAUUUCAAGAACGAGACCGGCGAUCAAAUGGACGAAGACCCGGAAUCGUGGCAGCGCUCCCAGCGGGCCAAGGGUACUCAUGAUCACCGCAUGAGUGGCGUACAGAAGACUAACGAGGGUGGUGAGCCUGGUAUCUUUAACGUUGAUGACAAUUUUGACAUGUGA